GUGCGUCAGAACCCGCAGCUCUAAGUCGUAGAGGAAAGGAAGGUCACCUCCCCUUACCUCAGCAGCCAGUAAGUCAACGUGAGAGUUGUCUCUGUGAUUAUUUGAUACUAAAAUGGAUAAUUUUGAUAAUUACAGUGCGUCGGAGAAAGCAGAGGCGACGGAGCUUCAGCGUAUGAUCGCCAUCGAGCAGCAGAAAGCGCAGUUCCAGGCGCAGGUGCACACUUUCACUGAUGUCUGCUGGGAUAAAUGUGUGGACACCCCAGGCUCGAAGCUAGACUACAGGACGGAGACGUGCCUGCAGAGCUGUGUGGAGCGCUUCAUCGACACCACCCUGACCAUCACCAACCGCUUCACACAGAUGGUGCAGAAAGGAGCUCAUUAAUAAUAAAGAACUGCAGCCAACAGGACUCUUAGAACAUAAAUAUAGUGUUUUAUAUUUCAAUUACACUGGUGGAAGAUGAUGUGAAGAAGACAUUUUGGAAAAAUUACAUUGUAUUCCUCUGAAUGGUGAUGCAUCAGGGGUCCAAAAUGUAAUAGAGAUGGAAAGUUGUGCAUGGAUGCAGCAGCAAGAUGGAUCUACUUGAAUUGAAAAGUAACGUCAUGUGAUGUUAUAAAGCGAAUAUUGAGCCCA